UGUAGAGGAUGAUAAUUGAAUUUUGCUGUUGGAGUCAUGUGAUUGUGGUUUUCGCUUCCCUUUCUUGCCGUCUCCCAACAUUCUCUUGUUUUCUUGCUACUUCGGGUGAAGUGAAGUUUUUUUCUUAAAAAAGAAAAUAAUCUUGAAUUUCUUUAAACAAACCACUUGACUUGAUUCUUCAAUUCUUGAUUCUUGGUGACGAUUGAGUGAGGUGGGAUCUGCAUUUAGCUCGUUUCAUCGUCAGCAGUCGUACGGAAAUCUUGAUCUACAAGAAGCAUGGAUCUUGGCAGGGAAAAAUGUUGGGGAAAUUCCAAGGAUUCUUGGAGGACAACGUUGGUGUUAGCUUAUCAAAGUCUUGGUGUUGUGUAUGGUGACCUCAGUAUUUCCCCACUUUAUGUCUACAAAUCCACAUUUGCAUCAGACAUUCAUCAUUCAGAAACAAAUGAAGAGAUUUUUGGGGUUCUUUCAUUCGUUUUCUGGACUUUAACUCUUGUCCCUUUGUUCAAAUACGUGUUCAUUGUUCUUCGAGCUGACGAUAAUGGUGAAGGUGGAACUUUUGCACUUUAUUCUUCAAUAUGCCGACAUGCUAAAGUAAGCCUUUUACCAAAUCAACAAACUGCCGAUGAAUCACUCUCUACUUAUAAACUCAAGCAACCUCCAGAAAGUGAAAAGUCAAACAGGUCAAAAGUGAAAAUGUUGCUUGAAAAACACAAAUCUUUGCAUACAGCUUUACUAAUCUUGGUUCUUCUUGGCACGUGUAUGGUUAUUGGAGAUGGACUACUUACUCCAGCUAUAUCCGUUUUCUCUGCGGUUUCUGGGCUUGAGUUAUCCAUGUCCAAACAGCAUCAUGAAUAUGCUGUGAUUCCGAUUACUUGCUUCAUAUUAGUGUGUUUAUUUGCGCUGCAACAUUAUGGGACCCAUCGAGUUGGUUUCUUUUUUGCUCCAAUUGUGUUGUUAUGGCUGAUAUGCAUAAGUGGACUCGGUUUAUAUAAUAUAUUCGUCUGGAACCCAAAAGUCUACAAAGCUCUUUCACCUUAUUACAUGUAUAAGUUUUUAAAGAAGACAAAGACACGUGGCUGGAUGUCAUUGGGAGGCAUUUUACUCUGCAUUACAGGAUCUGAAGCAAUGUUUGCGGAUCUUGGCCAUUUCUCAUAUGCUGCAAUUCAGAUUGCUUUCUCUUUUCUCGUUUAUCCCGCACUAAUCCUAGGUUACAUGGGACAAGCGGCUUAUCUGUCAAAACAUCAUCAGAUGGCUUACGAUAUUAGUUAUUUCGUGUCAGUGCCAGAAAGUGUGAGGUGGCCGGUUCUUGUUAUAGCCAUACUUGCUUCUGUUGUGGGUAGUCAAGCAAUCAUCAGUGGAACAUUUUCGAUCAUUAACCAGAGCCAAUCACUCGGUUGUUUUCCAAGGGUUAAGGUUGUUCAUACAUCGGACAAGAAACAUGGUCAGAUUUACAUCCCGGAGAUCAACUGGAUACUCAUGGUUCUAUGUAUCGCUGUCACCAUUGGAUUCCGGGAUACAAAACACUUGGGAAACGCAUCAGGAUUGGCAGUGAUGGCGGUGAUGAUGGUUACAACUUGCCUUACGUCAUUAGUCAUCAUUCUUUGUUGGCAUAAACCUCCAAUCGUAGCUCUUUGCUUCCUAUUCUUCUUCGGUUCCAUAGAACUCCUCUACUUCUCAGCUUCCCUGGUUAAAUUCCGUGAAGGUGCAUGGCUCCCGAUUCUCCUAGCACUCUUUCUAGUCACCAUCAUGUUCGUUUGGCACUAUGCCACCACCAAAAAAUACCAAUACGACCUUCAAAAUAAGGUCUCUUUAGAAUGGCUACUAGCCUUAGGUUCAAGUUUAGGUAUUUCAAGAGUCCCCGGAAUCGGGCUCGUCUUCACUGAUCUCACCUCCGGUAUCCCGGCUAACUUCUCCCGCUUUGUCACCAACCUCCCUGCGUUUCACCGGAUCUUGGUGUUUGUGUGUGUGAAAUCUGUUCCUGUACCCUUUGUCCCACCACCGGAAAGGUACCUCAUGGGUCGUGUGGGUCCUGCUUCUUUUCGAUCCUAUAGAUGUAUUGUUCGUUACGGGUAUCGUGAUGUCCAUCAAGAUGUGAAUUCCUUCGAGUCUGAACUUGUGAACCGUUUAACCGAUUUCAUCCGGUAUGACUGGUCCCGCCCUGAAGCCGCCAGUGAUGGUCACGAAGAUGGCGGAUUCCGGUCAAGUAGGUCGUCAGGGGAGCAGAUGCUUGCUGUAAUCGGGAGCUUGGAGGGUUUUGAAGAACAUGAAAGCAUAACACAAGUUAGCGUCUCGUUAGGGUUUCCAACAGUGGAGAGUAUGGGAGACAUAAUAGAGAUGAACAUGAACCCUAGGCGAGUGAGGUUUGCUGAUGAUGAUGGUGACGAUGAGGGUGGUGAUUUGAGAGAUGUACAGAUGAGAGAAGAGCUUCAAGAUCUGUUGGAUGCACAGCAAAGUGGGACUGCGUUCAUACUUGGACACUCACAUGUGAAAACAAAACAAGGGUCGUCGAUUUUGAAGAGGUUAGCGAUUAAUUUUGGGUAUAAUUUUCUGAGGCGGAAUUGUAGGGGACCAGAUGUGGUGUUGAAGGUGCCUCCGGCGUCUUUGUUGGAAGUUGGGAUGGUUUAUGUUGUAUAGAGAGAAGUUAUGUAUAAGUUGUGUUCAUAUCAAUAGAAAUCAUCUUAAUUUGGUAAA